UGAACUGAGAAGAGAAUGAAAUUGAAAGCCACCAGAUUUUGCUGCACACUCGAGAGACUGGACUCUGAAGUCAAUCAACACCUGAGAGCAACUUCUUCCACAAGGGGGCGCUGCAGAUUCCAGUCUCAUGCAAUCAAAAGGAUUCUUUCCUUUGGAGCAUUGCUACUUCGGCUGCUAGAUCUUGGUGCUUAUGAGACAAACUUUGAAAUCAGUCAAGGUUUCAGAUGGAAUUGGAAGUCUCAUCAAUAUGAGGCUUUCUUGGCCAGUGACAUCAUUGUGAAUGUCUGCCAUUUGAUAAUCAUUCUGUUCACCUUGUACAUGAUCUAUGUGGUCACCAUGAGUCAUUUUGUGUUGUACAUGGAGACUAUGAGAGCCUACACCUACACCUUCAUCAUGUACACUUUCAUCGAGUUCUGCUUCUCAGUGUUCGAGUUCUCAUUCUACGGGCUGAACACUUUUAGACUGGCAUUUGUGGUGUUCAUUUGGCUCUACUGGUUGGCUCGCACAAUAGCCCAUAUUGGCUUCACAGUCAUUUUGUUCUCAAGGAUUGAGGAAAUGGAAAAUGAGAUGGCAUACGAGCUACGGUUUUCAGACAAGAAAUAUGUGCACUCCUACUCUGUGCUUGGAUAGUCUUUACUUUAACUUACGACUAUAUGACAAACAUGCUCUUUCCAAGAUCAUACCAAGUUGUUUAGAGUCUCUAAUUGAGAUCUGUUUUAACAUCUAAAUGACCACCAAUGAGAACAUUUGUCUCCUGGCAGCUGUAUCUUCAGGAACAGUGACGAGGAAACUCACUUUGAGGAAAAGUAUACUUGUUGUUGGACUUUCUGCAUUUUCUCCAAAAGUUUUAAUAGAAGUUCAUGCAUUGUUUUAUCAUUUGCUAGUUACAUGUACUCUAGAACUUAAACUGUCCCAAGAGCUGAAAUGAGCCCGCUUUUUUUUUUAGAAAGCAUAGUUGUCAGCCAUGGUCCUGACCCAUUUUGCCGACAACAACUGGAUAGUUGGUCACCUAGGUUUUAAGCAAAGACAAAAAAAAUGUGAUUAUUACGGAACAAAACUGAUUGAAAAUGUGUAUAUUAGUUUUUAAAAACUUACAAGUUUGGCUUUGUCAUUUUCUUGUGUAUGUAUACUAGUUUAGGUGCAUCUAAGUUAAUGUUUAGAAAUGCAUGUAGGCUACUUUUUGGUGUAAUUGAUUUUUCAGUGGUUCAGGGGAGGUGGCAAAGAUUUGAUCUUGAAAUGUCCUGAAGGAGAAUGUUCUGUUUGUGCUUUAACCA